AUGUUUAGUGGUGUCUGAGCUGAAUUGGUCGUAAUAGCAAGCUGCUGUCAUGCAGCUUUCGCUGCAUGAGCCAUAGUUGGUAUGGUUACAGCCUGAGGCACAUUGGCAAUCGUAUCCAUCAUUAUCACAAUUUGAUACUCACUCCUCUUUGGGAAAUAAAAAUAAUUUUAAUUUAGCAAGCUAUCUACCAUAAUUAUUUAAAAAAACAUUUUUUUCCCAAAAAUUUGGAUUUCACUAUAUUUCUUUCAGUGAAGUUAGCAUGCAUCUUGGCAAGUUCCAUCAUUUAUAUACUCAUUAAAACACCCACUGUUGCAAUCUCCACAAAGAUAGUUAUCAUAUAA